AUGCUGCCCGACCAAUAUAAUGUGGUCGUGCUCGACUCGCAGGGCAAUGACGUGACGCCACGGAGCCUGCUCGACGCGCCCGGCGACGGCGAGAGCCGCGCCGCGCUGAUCGAUCCCAGUGCAUCCGUUGCCGACCUCCCCCUUGCCUCGAUAUCCGGCGGGAAGCACACCGACCCGGUCUGGGGCCUCCGAUGGGUCGCCGAGGGCAAGGGCCUCGGCGAGGCACUCGUCUCGAUCUCUACCGACGGGAGGGUGACGCAGUGGAACGUGCAGAAGGGGCUCGAGCACACCGACCUGAUGGUCCUCCGGCGCGUGGCGCGGCAGGGCGAAGCGGUACGUGGCACCAUCUCGCGGCGCGCGGCGGGCCUCUGUCUCGACUUCCACGCCGCCGACAACCUGCUGUACGUCGCCGGCACCGAGGACGGGCACGUGCUCGCGCACUACUUUGGGCACAGCGGCCCCGUCUACCGUGUGCGUUGGUCGCCCUUUGGUGCGGGCGCCUUCCUCUCCUGCUCGGCGGAUUGGACGAUCAAGCUGUGGGACGCCGAGAAGGCGGCAGCGCUUUUUACUUUCCAGGCGAGAGAUCCGAGCGCGGAGCCCGUGAGCGACGUGGCGUGGUCGCCGAGCAGCGCGACCAUCUUUGCCUCGGCGACGGGCGACGGGCGGCUCGACAUCUGGGACCUCGCGCAGAGCACCAUCAGCCCGAUCCACACCGAUCAGCUAGACGGGACGCGGCUCUCGUGCGUCUCCUUUGCGCCGUCGUCGCCCGUGCUGGUGGCGGGCGGAGACAAUGGCGUGGUGGGGGUCUACGCGCUCACGGGAUACCUCGCCGAGCCGAGCGAUUGCACGGCCGCGCAGCAGCUGGCGGCGCUGGAGAAGGUCACAGGCGCCGACGCCGGGCGGUAG